AUGAAAACAUUCAUUUCUUUCUUGCUGAUAACAAAUAGCUUCUGUCAGUUCACAGUUGAGGAAGAUGCUGAAAUCUUUCAACCAACAGCUUCUGCUUCAUCACGGGUGUCAGAACGUUGCUCAACGCAUACAGAUUGUAUACAGGGAGCAUACUGUGAAAGUUCUUUCUGUCGAUGCUUGCCAUCCCAUAUUGCAAUUGAACGAUAUUGCUGGAAAAAACUGGGACCAGAAGAGGCUGGCUGUACGUACGAUGAUCAGUGUGAAGCUGUCUGGCCAGGAACUACUUGUCAAUACUCCAUUUGUAAAUGUCCACCAAAUACAUUGUUAGCUGUUACACGAGAAGGAUCAGUCUGUCAUCCACCAGGUCAAUGUCCCACGAAUGGAUUGAACGGUGUUUUAUAUAAUCGAAACAGAAACAUUCCAUCCCAGUGUCAUUACUUUGAUGGAGAGAUAAAAGGUGGAAGUCGUUUCAUAGGUUGUGACGAUUAUCCAGAGCUUCAUGAUUGCAUCGAUGGUAUAUGCUGUCCAUCAAGAGCAUUAACAUGUAUCCAACCAUUAGAUACAGGAAUAUCAUUUACAAAUCAAUCAAUAACCAUGUUCUCAAGAUGGUUUUAUAACUCCAUAACUCAGUCAUGUCAGCCAUUCCAAUAUACGGGUGAAGGCGGAAAUUCAAAUAACUUUUUAACGAUUCAACACUGUGAAUCAUACUGUAAACAUAGAUGUGCCAGAGGACAACCACAGCUUCUACCUUCGAAUAAGCUGGAUGGACAGGCAUCAGAGAUUGUAUCGUGUACAUCCAGUACAAGCGGAUGUGAUGAUAGUUUCGAAUGUAUUCAUAUUAACGGGAACAACAUGUGCUGUCCUACAGCAGAAUUCAUAUGUUCAUUAGAUGGAGCUAUAGUACAAGAGACUAUCUCUAUAGUGGCUCCCUCUCCUGUAGCUCCUUAUUCAUCUGGAUCCUAUCGACAUGGUACUCAUCCUUUAACAAGAUGGUAUUGGGACUCUAACUUGAAACAAUGCUUAACGUUCAAGUACUUUGGACAAGGUGGAAACUUCAAUAACUUCCUCAGUUUGGAGCAAUGCCAAGAGUUCUGUGCACCAACUGUUUGUUCAUUGGGAUAUCCAUUGAAAGAUGGAAAUGGUCAAUCGAUAGCUUGUUCAACUCAAACACAUUGUCCACGAAGUCACAUUUGUACAAAAGGAGUCUGUUGUCCAACACAAGGAACAGUCUGUAACCAACCAAUAUCUACGGGGAUUUCCUGCUCAUCCACACCCUCAAAACGAUUUUGGUUUAAUGCCGCUUUGGGAUCAUGCCAAGAGUUUGAGUAUCAGGGAUGUCAUGGAAACACGAACAACUUCUUAACUUUUGAAAUUUGCCAGAAGCAUUGUGCAAGCGUUGAACCUGAACCCAAAUGCUUGAUUGGUAAAGCAUUACAAUUGGAAUCUGGACGGUACUGGAGAUGUGGGCAAACAGCUGAAAACGGUAACUGUCCGGCAGAUUAUGAAUGUUACUUCGACGAUAAGAACUACGGUUGCUGUCCUACAAAAGAUUUCAUUUGUCGACAGAAUAUAGAUGUCGGUACGAAGUGUAGUAGUCUAAGCUCUAUCAGAUGGUAUUACUCAUCUGGCCAGUGCUCCUCCUUCUCAUACAACGGUUGUGAUGGCAAUGCUAACAACUUUGCUUCACAAAAAGAAUGUUUAGACUUUUGCCAUAAGUCAGACUGUCCAGAUGGAGGUAGUGGCUUAGUUGAUGAUUAUGGUAAACUGGUGUUCUGUCAGUAUAAUGAUAAUUCAUGCCCAUCGACUCAUCAUUGUACUCAAUCGCAAUCAUCCCAUCAAGUAAACAUUUGCUGUCCAACCAGACAGCAUAUCUGCCGUGAAAACUUUGACGAAGGUGAAUCAUGUACAAAGCAGCCAAUAAGAAGAUAUGUAUUCGAUCCUAAUCAGCUAGUUUGCCGGCCGUUUUCUUUCUUAGGGUGUGGUGGAAACUCGAAUAACUUUCCAUCAAAGAUGGCUUGCUUCAACUUCUGUCAAAGCGCAGCUUGUGCGGCUUCUGAAGUGAUAUAUCAAACAACGACAUCAUCAGAAAUAUUUGAUUGUUCAACGAAGUCUUGUCCAAGAGGCUAUUCCUGCGUGGGAGACGUCUGGAACCCUGCAAGGCGCAUCUGCUGUGGCUCACAGAACUUUGGUGUAUGCAGAAUAGGUCAAAGAUCAUUCAUAGACUAUAGAACGCAACAACCUAUGACUUGUAAUCCAAAUCUCAAAACUUCAUGUCCAAUCGGAUUUCAUUGCUUAUUGAAUCAACAGAAGAACAAUUACUAUUGUUGUGCAGAGGAUAUUUCAAUAGCUACAUGCCCUGAUGGAUCGAAAAUUUCGAGAAUUCAAACAACAGGAGAUCCUCAGGGUUGUUCAUCAGAUGACCAAUGCCCACGCAACUCCAAGUGCCAUCGUCCUGACCGGUACAGAAGCGGAGUUUGCUGCCAAUACUUAGAUAAUGUAUGCCCACCAACGUUCAUAUAUGACGAAGAGCUAUCAGAAGGACAACCUGAGUGUUCGCCACUUGAUCGAGAAACUUGUGAUCAUCGUCGUCAAUCUGUUUGCCUUUUCAGCGAGAAAAAGAAUAGGUUUGUGUGUUGUCGACGUGAAAAUCGCAAAACUGUAACAGUUGACAAAUGUCCUCGCGGAUCUCAACAAGAUCCCUUGCGCAUCUUUUGUACACAAGAUAAGCCAUGUCCUUCAUCACAUUUCUGUGUUCGACGUGAUUCUGAUCGAGUUGGAAUCUGCUGCUCACAUCCAACAUUAAGCCGAGAGAAACCGACUAGCACAACAACAGCUUCUCCUUCGCUAGCAAAAUAUAAAUGUCCUAACAAUCUUGUUGCAUUCGUGGAGGGAAAGACAUCGGAUCCGCAGAAGUGCCAUGCACUUCAGCCAUGUCCCAGUCCGUUCGUGUGUACUCCAACUUCAUUCAGCUCUUCUGUUCGGAUAUGUUGUGCUUCUCCUAAGAAGCUCACAUCAGUUUGCAAGGAGGGAACGCUGCCAAUCUCUAUCGACGGAAUUCAAUAUUCUUGCAAAAUAAAAUCCUGCCCACCCGGCUACGACUGCAACGAUGAUGUUUGCUGCCCAACAAAACAUACUGCCUGUACGGAACCACCAUUCAUGGGAACUGAAUGUCUGUUUGGUCAGUCUAUUCAAUCAACUCGUUACUUCUACGAUGUAGAAUCUAAAGGUUGUCAGGAGUUUGACUACCGAGGAUGUAAUCCAUCAGCAAACACUUUUAUUGAUCACGAAUCCUGCAUGACCAUGUGUUUAACACCUACAACUCCUGAACCCUCUUCAACAACUGAAGCAUCAACAAAACGAAUGAUUUCAAAAAUAUCAACUCUCGCUCCCAUUAUAAUUAGAAAUAGAAAUAGUACCAUUCGUCCUUUGCCCAUCGGAGUCUCUGAUAAAGCGUUCUUCACGUGCCCAUCUCCUUUUAGAAAUCCUGAGGAUUGGCCUCAAUUUUGCGAGAUCAAACGUCCAUCAUGUGCUGAAAACGAGAAAUGUGUUCUUACUGGAUCCGGAGCCUCUAUAUGCUGCGUAUUCAAAGACGAUGAAGAAGAAUCGAAACCAACGUCGUCAUCUCUACUAAACUUGAUGACAAAAAUGUGUGGAGAUGAACAUUCACCAGUAUUGACGCGAUCCGGUGAUCCUGUUCGCUGCUCUCGUCAACGGCCAUGUCGACGAGGAUCUCUCUGUCUUUUCAGUUCAGUUCUGAUGAUUGACAUAUGCUGUACAAAAGGUCGUCCAUCAUUAUUCCCGAUGACGCCGUCUAUUCCAAUCAUCCCAGCAGAUCCGAACUUCGUAGUCAUGAAUCCAAUGUGUGAUCAUGAGAAUGGAUGUGGACAAACUGAUAUAACAACUAGAAAAUUGUAUGCUGGUGAUACUGGAUGUAAGAACUCCGAGGACUGCACCGGUCAAGCAAUCUGUGUAAGAGGCAUGUGCACAUGUCGGCUGACACAAGUACAAUUCCAUAAGAUAUGCUAUUGGAAAUGUCCAACAUUCUAUCGAAAUAUCAGCGGCGUUUGUAUGUGA